AUGGGGACACUUCCAAGACUCAAGGAGGAGACGGAAUUGCAAGUCGGGAAACAGAAAGUUUCCGUUGUGAGAUAUAUAUCGGAAGGGGGAUUUGCACAAAUAUAUGAAGUCUUGGUCAUAUCAACAGAUAAGGACCCUUGGACGGCCUGUUUGAAAAGGGUAAUUGUGCCAGACAAGAAUGGAUUAAAUCAGUUGAGGAAAGAGGUAGAGGUUAUGAAGACUUUCCGCAAUGCGAGGAAUAUUGUCACGUACUAUGACUCACACGCUGAAAAACUCGAGAAUGGUACGUAUCAAGUAUUAGUGUUAAUGGAGCUUUGUCCCGGAGGAUCGUUACUAGACUACAUGAAUGCCAAAAUCAAGACAAAAUUAAACGAACCUGAGAUCCUCAAAAUAAUGUUAGACGUGACCCAGGGGGUUUUCGAAAUGCACAAGAACAAACUUAUCCAUCGUGAUUUGAAAAUUGAAAAUGUCUUGAUCAAUGCCAAAGACAGUUUCAAGUUGUGUGAUUUUGGAUCAACCUCUGUGCCGAUAAUGCCGCCUCAAGAUCAACAGCAAUUCAAAUUUAUAAGCCAUGACAUUUUGUACCAUACUACACCGCAAUACCGGUCUCCAGAAAUGAUUGACUUGUAUCGACAAUUGCCAAUUGAUGAGAAAGCAGAUAUUUGGGCACUUGGGUGCUUUUUGUAUAAGCUUUGUUAUUAUACCACCCCGUUUGAGGCGAACGGCGAGAUGGCGAUAUUGCAUGCUUCAUUUCAGUUCCCUUCAUUGCCACAAUUCUCUGGAGACCUCAAAAAUUUAAUCAUAAUAAUGCUUCAAGAGAAUCCAUUAUUUCGGCCGAAUAUUUUCCAGGUACUCAUUUUGGUUUGCAAAAUGUCAAAGAUCAACUUUGAAUUGUUGGGGUUGAAGGAUAUUUACAAACUCGGACCUUACAACUUUCAGGCAUUGCAUGAGUAUCAACUACAGAAACAAGCAGAGAUUAUGCGGGAGAAACAGAUUUAUGCUCAACAGCAAAGUUUGGCCAAUGCAGCAGCUGCAAUGGAGAAGGUUAUCGUUUCACCUCUGGUACAACCAUCCCAAGCGCCUCAGAUAACAGUGACCGAGACAAAAAAACCCGAGACAAUACAGGAAACAAAACAAAAGAUGAUUGCUGUUGCCGAUCCAACAACUGAGGAAAGCACAGAAAUCAUUAGUAAACCAGUUGACGAAACUCAGGCAUCGCCAAAUUCUCUUCUCGGGUUCAGCCUGGACAACGAAGAUAGUUUUUCUGAUUUGGAGCAACUUGAAGAUGCCGAAGAAAGGUACCCUUCAUUAGAACACAUUGCAGUAAGUGAUAACUCACCACCACCAAUCAAGUCCACAGUGCAGUCCUUGAAACUGAAUGAGGAUAUACCCUCAAUUGAACAUUCAGCACAAAAAGUGGAGAAUAAUCCUUUUCACAAUGAGAGCAACAAAGGGUUCAAUCCUUGGGCUGAGGUGGUUGAAAGCAAGAGUCCAAUAGUAGAACCACAACGACAUGCAGAUUUUCAACUUUCUCCAAGACUUGGAAACGUUGCGCCUUUGGAAAGGGACACAUUGCAUAUUUCUCCAAAAAACAACUUCAUACAACCGUACACACCCAAUUUACACCUGAACAACAUCCCUCUCGUACAAAGUAACCCACAGCAACUACAACAACAGCAACUACAACAACAACAACAAGUACAGCAGCAACAACAAGUACAGCAGCAACAACAACAAGUACAGCAGCAACAACAAGUACAGCAGCAACAACAGCAACAACAGCAACAACAGCAACAACAACAUCAGCAACAACAACAGCAGCAGCAGCAGCAGCAAAAGCAACAACAACAACAACAACAACAACAACAACAACAUGUUGCAUUACCGAGUUCUACUUUGGAACCAAAUUUAAUAGACUUGAUUGAGCCAGGAGUGAAAAAAAAACCCAUAGAUAGUCUCAAUAAUAACCACAAAUCUACUGCAUCAAAGAGGUUUUCUUCUAAUUCACAGCUUGUGCUACAAGAGGAAGUUGUAGAUUUUGCUUCGGAUGAUGAGAACUUAGACAAUGGGUCGAGAUUGAGUAGAAUGAAAAUUAGAAACUCGUUGAAACAUCCAAAGGGAAGAAGAUCAGGUGAGCUUAACAGAGCUGAUAGUUACGAAUCAAAAAAGAGACUUUCAUUCUUUGGAGCUUGA